GAUCAGAAUAAUGUCCAGGGAUUGGAGAUUAAGCAGCGCGCCAAGAAGGCCGUAUUUUCCAAUCGCGAUCCCGAUAUAAACGUUUUUGCGAGUAUUUAAUCAACAGUAGGACAAAAUGUCGGAAUCAGAGUCAGAAUCAUCUGCAGAUGAGCAGAUGGAAUCUGAAGGCAUACCAGGUCCCUCCAUUAAGCUUAAGACACCACCUAAAGGAAAAGGAGAUGACAGAGAUUUUGAAGCCAAACUGGAAAGUGACAGGGGGAACAGGUUUGAGUUUCUUUUAAAGCAGACAGAGCUGUUUGCCCAUUUCAUCAGCACAGGUACUGGCAAUAGGGGAGCCAAGACCCCAACAAGUCCACUGAAGAUGAAACAAGGGAGGCCAAGGUUGAAGAAGCCUGAUGAGAAGACCAAGCUCCUUGAGGCAGGAGAUCACCGUCAUCGCCGCACAGAGCAAGAAGAAGAUGAAGAGCUUUUAAAUGAGGAGAGAAAAGCUCACAGUUCAGAAUUCAGAUUUGAUGAAAGUCCUAAAUAUAUUGUUGAUGGUGAAAUGAGAGAUUAUCAAAUUCGUGGUCUGAAUUGGAUGAUUUCCCUAUAUGAACAUGGUAUAAAUGGUAUCCUGGCUGAUGAAAUGGGUUUAGGCAAAACUCUCCAGACUAUCUCCUUACUUGGCUACAUGAAGCAUUACAAGAACAUCCCCUCUCCCCACCUUGUCAUUGUUCCCAAGUCUACACUGGCCAACUGGAUGGCGGAGUGCAAAAGGUGGUGCCCCACACUCAGGGCUGUAUGCCUGAUAGGAGAUGCUAACACCAGGGCUGCUUUUAUCCGUGACACCAUGCUGCCUGGAGAGUGGGACGUGUGUAUCACUUCCUAUGAGAUGUGUAUCCGUGAGAAAGGAGUGCUGAGGAAGUUCAACUGGAGAUAUCUGGUCAUUGACGAAGCACACAGAAUCAAGAAUGAGAAAUCCAAGCUGUCUGAGAUAGUCAGAGAGUUCAAGUCGACCAACCGCAUGUUACUGACUGGCACACCACUGCAGAAUAACUUACAUGAACUGUGGGCCAUGCUGAACUUCUUACUGCCUGAUGUCUUUAAUUCUUCAGAGGAUUUUGACUCUUGGUUCUGUGCCACUGAACUGAUUGGAGGGAAGGAAGAAAUGGUUACCAGGCUGCACUCGGUAUUGCGACCAUUCUUACUCAGACGUCUCAAGUCAGAUGUAGAGAAGGCACUUUUGCCCAAGAAGGAGACAAAAAUUUAUGUUGGUCUCAGUAAAAUGCAAAGAGAAUGGUACACCAAGAUACUGAUGAAGGACAUAGAUGUGGUGAACGGGGCAGGGAAGUCUGACAAGAUGAGGUUGUUGAACAUCCUCAUGCAGCUGAGAAAGUGUUCCAAUCAUCCCUAUCUGUUUGAUGGUGCUGAACCAGGUCCUCCCUAUACCACUGAUCUCCACCUUGUAGAGAACUGUGGUAAGCUGGUGUUACUGGACAAACUGCUACCCAAACUCAAGUCACAAGACUCAAGGGUGUUGAUCUUCAGCCAGAUGACCCGUAUGCUGGACAUCCUAGAGGACUACUGUGUCUGGAGAGGACACGACUACUGCAGGUUGGACGGUCAGACUCCACAUGAAGAGAGACAGGCUUCUAUCAAUGAGUUCAACCGUCCUGGCAGUAACAAGUUUAUCUUCAUGUUGAGCACCAGGGCAGGGGGUCUAGGCAUCAACCUGGCCACAGCCGAUAUUGUUAUCCUCUACGACUCCGACUGGAACCCACAGGUAGACUUGCAGGCCAUGGAUCGUGCCCAUCGUAUUGGACAGAAGAAGCAGGUGAGGGUCCUCAGGCUGAUCACAGAAAACACGGUGGAGGAGAGGAUUAUAGAGAAAGCUGAGAUGAAACUUAGGCUGGAUAAUAUUGUCAUUCAACAAGGUCGACUUUUGGAUAGUGCCAGUAACCGCCUGAACAAGGAAGAUGUUCUUGACAUGAUUCGACACGGUGCAGAUGCUGUGUUUGCAUCCAAGGACAGCACUAUAUCUGACAAGGACAUAGACGCCAUCUUAACAGAGUCAGAGAGAAGAACAGAAGAAAUGAAAAAGCGACUUGAAGCACUGGGAGAAAGCUCUCUGCGAAACUUCACAAUUGACAGUGCAUACAAAUUUGAAGGAGAAGAUUUUCGUAGUCACCAGAAGACGUCAGGUAUAGCCUGGAUUGAACCUCCAAAGAGAGAAAGAAAAGCAAACUAUGCCGUAGAUGCUUACUUCAGAGAGGCCCUCAGAGUAAAUGAGCCAAAAGCUCCCAAGGCUCCACGACCACCAAAACAGCCCAAUGUGCAAGAUUUUCAGUUCUUUCCACCAAGAUUAUUUGAGCUGUUAGACAAAGAAAUCUACUUCUACAGGAAGAGCAUUGGAUACAAGGUCCCUAAAGACCCAGAGUAUGGCUCUGACUCUGAAAAGAAACGAAAGGAAGAACAGAAGAAAAUUGAUGAAGCAGACGCCCUCACAGAGGAAGAGAUUGGCGAGAAGGAAGAUCUUUUGAAAGAGGGCUUUGUAAACUGGAGUAAGAGGGAGUUCAAUCAGUUUAUUAAGGCAAAUGAGAAGUAUGGUAGAGAUGAUGUUGAAAGCAUUUCAAAAGAAGUGGAGGGCAAAAGUCCAGAAGAGGUGAUGGAGUAUUCCAGUGUGUUUUGGGAGAGAUGUCACGAGCUGCAGGACAUUGAUAGAAUCAUGGCUCAGAUAGAGAGAGGAGAGGCCAAGAUACAGAGGAGAAUCAGCAUCAAGAAGGCAAUGGAUGCCAAGAUGGCCAGGUACAGGGCCCCAUUCCACCAGCUGCGUAUUCAGUAUGGCACCAACAAAGGCAAGAACUACACUGAAGAAGAGGACAGGUUCCUGGUCUGUAUGCUCCAUAAGCUAGGCUUUGAUAAAGAGAAUGUCUAUGAUGAGCUGAGAGCCAGUGUCAGGCAGGCGCCACAGUUCAGAUUUGACUGGUUUAUCAAGUCCAGGACAGCCAUGGAGCUUCAGAGGAGAUGCAAUACUCUGAUCACUCUGAUAGAGAGAGAGAAUAUGGAGCUGGAAGAGAGAGAGAAGGCAGAGAGGAAGAAGAGGGGACCAAAAACUGGAACGCCAAAGGGACAGAAGAGGAAGGCAGACGGUACACCUGAUGGGCGAGGUAGACCCAAGAAAAAGAAGUGAAAUUAUUGAGAAUACGCAGAAAUUUUUAUAAUAGUAAAAAAUACUGCUGCACCAUUUUUUGAUUAUUGGGUGAACUUUUUAGCACUGUUCAGAGGAAUUCUGAUGAUGUGAAGGAUAGAAGAUAUGUAUAUAAUGUGUACCUGCAAGCAGUAAGAAAUUGAACAUAAAUAUCUGAAUCCAGUAGGAAAUUAUUUCUACCUUAGAGACUUUUAGAACAAUUGAGGUUGAUUUGUAAUUUUUACGCAGAAGUCCAGGAGAUGUAAAUAUUUGUAUUUUAGAGAAGAAAUGUUAGGGAUUGUAAAGCAAGAUCACACGAGUCUGAAGACUAUAGUAUUUUUUAAAGAGAAAGACAUUUAAAAUUGGAUUCUUAAUAUUGCAGUUAGAAUCUCACAAUCUGGUAAUAAAUAGAUACCAAAUGACUGUUUGGUGAAAAUUC